AUGGCCAGACUGGCGGAGAGGGGCGAGUGGGAUCCUCUGCUUGCUGAGCUGGCUAUUGCGACAGUUGGCCCUCAAGACACGGAUGCCAUUGUCUACUUUCUCAAUUCUCUGGCCAUCGACAAGAAGGAUCACAUCACAACUGCUGGUGGCAAGAAGUUAGUCGAAUGUGUGGCCUGCGAAGAACAACUGCCUCCCAAGGAUCUCAUUCUUACAUCUUGCGGACACUGUUACUGCGGUUCAUGCUUGAGCUUGGUGUUCAACGCAUCUAUAUCAGAUGAAUCACUUUACCCUCCCCGUUGUUGUGCCCAGACGCCGAUUCCUAUUGAGCACGCAAAGAGAUUUUUGGAUUCCGGAUUCGAGGAAACAUUCAGAGACAAGGGCGUGGAGCUCAACACUAUCGACAGGACUUACUGCUCGAACCCAACAUGCUCGGCAUUCAUACUUCCUGAGGAUUAUGUGAGAGAUCGCGCAACCUGUCACAAGUGCUGGCAGAGAACUUGCAUCGUCUGUAAAGCCCCUGGUCACGAAGGCGACUGUCCUGCGGAUCUUGAACUAGCCGCAUUGCUCAAGUACGCUGAAGACAUGGGCUGGCAGCGCUGCUACAACUGUCUAAGCGUCGUGCAAAGACACAACGGUUGCAGUCAUAUGGAAUGCCGUUGCGGAGCAAACUUCUGCUACAACUGUGGCAGGCGGAUCUUUGUUGAGGAGACUACACGUUGCCCCUGC